GUUGCCUUUGGGCUGUGAAUGUUACAUCAUUUUGAUUCAGGAGUAUAAGACAACGGGUGGAUUGAACAACAGAUUUUAAUCAGUUGAAUUCAGAUUUGUCAUGGAAGAAAGUUCACAGACUUCACUGUCAGAAGAGGAUCAUUCAAGCAAACAGCAUUCUUUACCUGAGGAAGAAAACGAGCAUCAGUUUAAGCAGGUGGAGGACGUGGCACAUGAUGAGGUCAUUUUCUCUGGGGAGCAGUUCACCCUCAUCACAGAGAGCAUGUCAAUUACCUCCUCUGAUGAGGAAAAGCUUCAGCUCCUCAACAAAAACACUGAACUUCGUAGACUCAAUAAAGAGCUGAUGAAACUGAACGAGGAGUGGGAUCAUAUCUACCACAGCACAAGUGUGGGCCUCCAGCAGCGUGUGGUGGCCCUUGAGGAGGAAAGCACAGCCCUCAAACAGCUCAACAGUCGACUGCUGCUUAAAGUAGAACACGAGCAGAACAAGAGGGAAUAUUAUGAACAAACACUGAUGCAGGAACUGAAGAAGAAUCAGCAUCUCCAGGAAUAUAUUCGAUUGCUUGAGAGCCGACUACACCAAACAGAUUUUCAUCAAUGGACUAGGGGAACAAAGACUCCAGAUAUCAGUGGAACCUCAGACUCUCAGCUUCUCCAGCAAUCUUCUAAGCCGUCACUGGACGUUCGAUCUACUGUGUCUUCAGACACAAAAUCAAGUCUCAAACUGGCUGGCACAAGAAUGCAGAUCAAGUCUGAUUCCACGAAAGAAGUUCAAGAUCUUAAAGAACAGCUGGAGGCACUUCGGUGUCAGACUAAAAUCUAUGAGGCUGAUUAUAAAACUGAGCAGAAGGACCAUGAGCGUAUGCUUCAGGAGAAUAAGAGACUACGGCACAGAGAGGGAGAGAUGCGGCAGCAGAUGGUGCUAUUGCAGGAGCAGCUAAAAGUGUACGAGGAUGAUUUUCAGAAAGAACGCUCAGACAAACGAAUUCUUCAAAGGCUUCUGAUGAAAAAAACUCCAGCAGAGAAAGAUCCAGUUCUGGUGCAUCGCUGCAACAAUGAGCAGGACCGUCCCAGGACAGACAGGCGGAAACAAAGAGGAGAGCAGCGUGGUGGAUAUAUUUGUCCAAAUCACCGUGACCAUCAAGGCAAGCUGGAGUUUCCCUGAAUGGAUUAAAACUUCAUAAUAAAAGAAUGUAAACAAGCUAGAUUCUGUCUUUUUAACUGCUUUAUUUAUUUAAUGCAUUUUCCUCAUUUUUAUUGUAUUACUCUGUUUUUAUACUUGAAAAUGACUGACAUGUGUAUUGUGUAUAGUCUUAAUAUGAAUUGGUCUGAACCAGUUUAUUGUCUGAAAGCAUGAAACUCAAACAAUUCUUGUCAGAGAGUAAAUACUAUAAUCUUUGUAAGCUGGUAUAUCUUUUCCAGAUAGUUGUUUUAAGAGAUUACUAAGAGGAAGCACUUUUUUCUGCACCUUCAAUUAUAAGAACACAAAUGCCCUUUGGAAUGUUCUGUAUUGAGCUCAUUCUUAAUGACUAACUGAUUGCUUCCAGGAUACUUGCUGUAUUGUAUUUACUCAUUCAUUAGAAAUGUAGUUGUCCAUUGGUGCACUUGUAAAUGGCCUCUAAAAUAAUUCAAGUUAUUUUUUUUUAUUAGAUAGAAUUGUCUCUUAAAACGGUUUUAAAGCGUUUUGUUUUAUUGAAAUAUACAUCAGUAUAUAGAUGUUUCUACUUUACUGUUUCUAUUUUUUUCUAUGUUUGGAUGUAGUAUUU